AUGGAUUCUUUUUCAAUAGAAAAAAGUACUUCCUAUGAUGAGGAAAUCAAAAUCAAAGAUGAAGAAGAGAUUAUUACUUUCACUAAUAAUAAUAUUAUUCAAGAUCAAGAAAAUACACAAAAGGGAAAACAAUACAUUGGAGUUCGAAAACGUCCAUGGGGAAAAUACGCAGCUGAAAUUAGAGAUUCAACGAGAAAUGGAAUUAGGGUUUGGCUUGGAACGUUUGAUACUGCUGAAGAAGCUGCUUUAGCGUAUGACCAAGCUGCACUCUCAAUGCGUGGUCCUUCAACAUGUCUUAAUUUUCAAGUGGAGGUAGUUCAAGAAUCGUUACGAGGAUUUAAUUAUAAUAGUCAAGAGGGUUCAACAUCGUCUCCAGCUGAAAUUAUAAAGGAAAAACACAAGAAGAGAAAUAGUAAAGGUAAAAAAACAAUUAAAUCUAAUAAGGAACAAAACAAUAGUAAUGUAUUGGUUCUUGAAGAUUUAGGUCCUGAUUUAUUAGAUGAACUUUUAUCUAGUAAGUGUUCUACUUCUGAAUAA